AUGGCGGACAACAUUGAGCAGAACCUGGACCUGGAGAAGAUCUUAGCCACACUGGCGAAUCUUCCCAAGUCGGAAGCUCAAUCAUAUCAGGGUCAACAGCAAGCCUAUCAUCCGGAUCAGAAUUAUUUGGGCUUUCAAGAUGUUGCCCAAACAAACCCUCUUGAGCAAAACCUUCCAUAUCAUCAAUCUGCGGACCCGCGUCUGGUUGGCCGGUCAGCGCCCCAACAUCGACUACCCCCAGCAAGGCCGCAGGACAGACCUUUGACACCGUCUACACCACUCAUUGACCCUUCGACGAUUACAGAGUGGAGACAGGGCCUUCGAUGUGUGAGCAAGAUUGCAGCUCAAAAUCCCGAGUUUACUCCUACUGUUCGCAAGUUGAUGAAAGAUCAAGAACAAAACGUCAAGUCCUGGGAAGCUGGCCGCACGCGCCUCAUCGAGGAACACAAAAUGAAGCGUGAGAACGAACAGACGCACCGCGCUGCGUUGUCGUUGCCAGGCCUUCUAGCUGGUGCCGCAUUGCUCCGUACACCCGAGCGCGAGAAAGAAGAGCUUGAUCAGUAUGAUGCCAAGGUAUACCGAGCAAGCAAGGCGAUGGUUGAGUCACAAACCUCAUCUCUUAAGGUUCUGGGUGUCCCCUUCUUUGGCGUGAAGCCGUACUUGGUUGUCCUUUCUGUUGCCGAGGCGACUGAAGGCGCGGAGUCGCAGACUCUCGACGUAGGAGGGAAGAUUACGAAGAAGCAGCUUCUUGAACUGCAGCGCAAGAUGCUGAACCACUUGAUGGAGCUGUAUGGAGAUUGA